AUGAACGACCCACUGGAGUGGUACUACGACAUCCCUGUGGUGUCGCGGCUGUACCUCACCGGGUCGGUCCUGACCACCACAGCCUGUGCCCUGGACCUCGUGUCGCCCUUUUCGCUGUAUUUCAACUUUCAGCUCAUCUUCUUGAAAGGACAGGUGUGGCGACUCGUGACCAAUUUCCUCUUCUUCGGCCUCUUUAGUCUCGACUUUCUGUUCCACAUGUACUUUGUUGCUCGCUAUUGCCGGUUGCUUGAAGAAGGGUCGUUUCGGGGUCGCACGGCAGACUUUGUGUACAUGCUGCUACUAGGAGCGGGGGCAAUGAUCUUAGUAGCACCGUUCGUGAGCAUUCACUUUCUCGGCUCUUCGCUGACGUUCAUGAUGGUGUACGUAUGGGGCCGACGGAACGAGCACGUGCGGAUGAGCUUUCUGGGUCUGUUUCCGUUCACAGCGCCGUACCUGCCGUGGGUGCUCUUUUCGUUCUCGAUUCUACUGGGAAACAGCGCGACUACGGAUUUGAUUGGCAUCAUUGUGGGACAUGUGUAUUACUUUCUGGAAGAUGUUUUUCCUACAAUCGCUAGGAUUCGAGGCUGGAAGACCCAGCGACCGCUUGCAACUCCACGGCUCAUUUGCUUCUUGCUUGACCCGCGUCCCGUCGUCGUAGGCGGUGAACAGGUCAUAAAUGACCUCGGCGCAAACGUCGACGACCACCCUCACAUGGAGUAA